GGUACUGAGGACGUGCCCUGUUUGUACAAAUCAUGCAAAUCAUCAUCAGGCAGGACCCAGAGUUAGUCCGAAAAUGAAGGCAGAAAGGGAAGUAUUCUCAAGAGGUUUUACUACUCUGCACUUAUUCAACAUUUUCUUUUUUCUCCUAGCACUGUCAGUGGCUUCAGAGGGAGUGAAUAUAACAACACAAGCUCACACUACCCAUGGUGUUGUGGGAGGCUCGGUCUUGCUUUCUAUACAGUACACAGCCAGCAGUUCUGAGACUCCAGUCAUUCAGUGGCAGCUGAAGAGGGACAAACCCAUCCCUUUGGUCCAGUCCUAUGGUACCCGUAUCCUGGGCAAGUUACGGCCGGAGUACAAGGAUCGUAUUGUGAUCUUCCGCAAUGGGUCUCUGUUGAUCCACAACCUGCAGCCAACCGACGAGGGAAUGUAUGAAGUUGAGAUUGCAAUCACAGAUGAUGCCUCCACCGCAGCACAAACACUCAAUUUAACUGUCGAUAUCCCUGUGACGAAGCCCGUGGUGAUCUUAUCAUCCUCUACAGUAUUGGAACUGAGUGAAUACGUAACAUUAAACUGUUCACAUGAAAAUGGAACGAAACCAAUAUAUACAUGGCUGAAAGGAGGAAAACCCUUAGAAAGUGAUGAAAGGUUCUCUUUGUCCAGUGAUCAGAAAACGCUGACCAUCUCACAGGUCCACGUAACUGAUGAUGACAUUUACAGCUGUACAGUGGAGAACCCAAUCAGCAGCUCUCGAAGCAUACCGGUCAAACUGACGGUGUACAGGCGGAGCUCUUUAUACAUUAUCCUGUGUACAGGGGGGAUUUUCAUUCUGGUUACCUUGGUUACUGUUUGUGCUUGCUGGAAACCAUCAAAAAAAAAUAAAGGAAAAGGAGAAAAAGAGGGAUCCCAAGGUCCUACAGAGCAGAAUGAAGAUCAAGCCAAGCAUGAAGAACUGCUACCAAAAGGAGCAGAGCACAAACGUGAGCGAAAGAACCAUAAGGGAUUAUACGUCAUCAAAGAAAAGGAAUCUCCAGAUGCCGAGGAAGACUCCCACAUUGAUUCCAAGAAUGGAACAGAUCAGGCUGUAUUCAUAGUUCCCUCCAUAUCUCCGGCUCGAUCCCCAAGACCAAGUGGCCAAUCACCCAGGCGAUACAGCAGGUCUCCUGUUCGAUCUCCUGCCUCUAGCAGACUGCAGAAGUCACCAAGCAGAUCUCCCAGCUCACCAGCACACCAGAGGGGUGCCAACCGCAUUAUUCAGCCAACAGGAGUCCAUAUGAUUGUGGAGCAAGAUGAGGCUAAUAUGGAGGAAAAUUAAUGCCUAGAAGAUUUUGUAUCUUCCUUCACAGACACUAAAUAUAUAGUAGGUUCAGAAAUGUCAAUAUCAAAGCCUGGAACACAUCCAAGGUCCUUCCCCUCUCACCCCCAGUAACUGCUUUUUCUGAGUGUACAUGUAAUGCUAGUAACCCUAUCUCUUGUAACUAGUGUUCAGUAUGGAAGCCCUUGGUGUAAUUAUAUAAUGUUCCAUUUUUAAAAUGUAAGUGGAAUUAUUUCCUUAGAGAACUCCCUGAUCACCCUCUGGGUAAUAAGGAUGAAGGAACUAAAGGGACACAGGCAUAAAAUGAUUGUUGGUUUAGGGUUUUGGCAGACAGCUUUCAGAAUCGCCACUCUUAAAGUGGUCUCAGCUCUCCUGGUAGGUAAAUAUUCCACCAGACCUGGCCCUGAGUCAGGUGGAUGAAGAAGAUCCCAGUAUUGACCUUCUGUACUGACCUGGCAGAUCUUAGCUGAGGACUCAAUAAUUGGCUUCCUUGUCCUUGGGUUGGAUGUGGGAAUGGGCAGGUUUCAUUAUCCUGCUAAAUGAUGCAUGAGUAUGGACAUGAAUAGACAUAAAUAGGCCUGUUUUGAUGCUUCAGCACAUAUAUGCAUGAUAAAGGUUGGCCAAUCUGCAAACGUUGAUCCAUUUUCAUGUAGAGAAAACAAUUGAUAGACUGCUUUUCUUGGAUACUCACACACUUUCAAGGGCCUGAACCAACACUGCAGUCAUCAGUGGCAAUUGUACAUCUUUUGUCUUCCAGAAGCUAAUAUUGUUCAUUCCAAUGGAUCCUAUAUCUGAGGUGACCUCUUUGAGGUCAGACAACCUGUCCAGGAAUAGUCCUUUAAGCCAGGUUGGUUAGAGAGGUUUCAAAGAGAAAGGUUAAUCUAAAACAAAAAGAAUAUCACUACAUAAUCAGGUACAGAAACAGCCAGGAAAUGAAGGUAAGAAAGCAAAUGAUGGCUCAGGCAAUGAAGUAAUGGUUGUGUUUGGUUCCUCUAGAGUUAGGCUCAAUCAAAAACAGGGCACCAAAUUGAUCACUUUUACACUUCAGGCUUUGGUGGCAUACCCCAUUGAUUAUUCUAUACUAUAUGAAAACCAGAAAUAAUCAUUAAAGAUGAUUUCUGGUGACUGUUGUUGGUAAUACCUGAUAAUCAUCCACUAACUUCCUGAUCAAAUAAAGUGCAUGCAUCUUCACAUCAAGUAAGCAUGGGAAUUCAGCUUGGCUAAGAGGCUUCCUGCAGUCACAAUAGUCUUCUACCAUAGUCUAGGCUCCUGUACAGACAAUGUCCGUUUUGGUGAGGUGCUGGAGUGCUGCUAGUACAUGAUCUGUAUCCCAGCACCUCAGGGAGAGGGGAAGAGACAAUCAGGAAACGGACAACAUUGGAUACAACUUACCCAAAUCGUUUUUGGUCUCAAUAAUGGCUGGUGCCUUAAAUUAUUAAUGUGAUGUAUUAAUUUCUUUGUCCAAAAACACAGAUUCUGCAGAUAACAAUAUGGCUGAUGGUGAGUGAGGUGGAACACUGUAGAGCAGACCCACAACACCUCCCCAGGCAUAUUCUCUGCUGUUGUCAAACAAAAUAUUGGUGGCUGUCUUCCUCUCAUUCUUCUUUAUUGACCAGCAGUCAUGGGGGACAGGAAGAUGCUUUUCCUGUUGCCAGUUUUCAAUGAUGAACUCUCCAAAAUCAGCUUGUAAAUUUAACUUGAUAACGGGGACUGAAACCGUCAUGCUUUUUCCUUCCUGUUCUCAUGAUCUCACUGUGUUUACAUAGAAGAGAAAGAAAACAUCACUGUGAUGAUGUCCAGGCAACUUAUGUCAUCUAUGAAUGCCAACCUGAUGUAGAUUCCAACCUCUCCCAAUUCUCUGCCAUUGCCAGCUAUCCUCGGUCAUCCCCUGAUCUGGGGAUCCAGAAUCCUUGAGUCAGCCAUAAGAACAUAGGGGAACUCAGGACUCGAUCCUUUCCUCAAGCCUCCCCUGUCAUUUCCUUGUAAUAUUCAGUCUGAUGGGUCUUGAAACCAUAAUAAUUUUUGGGAUGUUUACAUUUCUUCGAAAUAGAAAGAAGUUGCAGCUCCCAUCAAGGUUACUUCACAUUGAAAGAGUGCAUGAUUUUGUUUGCAUCUAUUGGUAAGCAACCCCGGUGCUUAUGCAUAAACUAGAAGCCAACAUCACAAAUACUUUGUCUAAUCAGUAUUCAGUCCUUCAUUUACAAUUUUAAUUUUAACAUGUAUAUUUUAAUCAGUACACAAAUGCACUGUAUAUGCUUGUUUGAUGUUAUCUUGACACUAUAGCGUAAAUGUGGAAUUUAAUAUGUUUGAUUCUUUGGAACAGUGUCCAAAUAUGUCUCCCCAAAUCUCCAGAAUGUUUAGUAGGUGACCUACAUGCCACAAUCAUUGCCUUUUUUUUUGGUACAGUUCCAUCUUUUAUUCCUGCCAUGUCCAUCUUAGAGUUCCCUGUGCCAUGUGACUAUCCACAGUUGCCACAUUACUGCAUUCCAAUCCUUUAACAGCCCAGUCACACUGAGCAUUGUAGCCAAAAAUCUUUCACAGUGAAUGGUAGGGCACUGGGGAGUGUUGUAGAACAGAGGGACCUUGGAGUACACGUGCAUGGUUCCCUGAAAGUGGCAUCACCAGUACGCAGGGUGGUGAAGAAGGUUUUUUGGCACACUGGCCUUCAUCAGUCAGGGCAUUGAGUAUAGAAAUUGGAAUGUUAUGUCGCAGUUGUACAAAACAUUGGACUUUAUUCCAAUAGGAAUAAAGACAAAGACAAAGACUUUAUUCCUUGGAGAACAGGAAACUGAGUGGUGAUCUUAUAGAGAUGUGUAAAAUCAUGAGGGGCAUAGAUAGGGUGAAUGCACACAGUCUUUUUUCCCAGGGUUGGGGAUUCAAGAACUGGAGGACAUAGGUUUAAGGUGAGAGGGGAAAGAUUUAAUAGGAACCUGAGGGACAGAUUUUUCACACAGAGGGUGGUACAUGUAUGCCAGAGGAAGUGGUUGAGGCAGGUACUAUAACAACAUUUAAAAUACAUUUGGACAGGUACAUGGAUAGGAAAUGUUUAGAGUGAUAUGUGUCAAAUGUGGGCAAGUGGGACUAGCUUAGAUGGGUGUCUUGGUUGGCAUGGACAAGUUGGGCCGAAGGGCCUGUUCCAUGCUGUAUGACUAUGACACUCUCCAUUUGAAAUUCCCACCUACCCCUUCAAUGAAAAGUGGGCGGAUAUCAUUCAGUAAUUUUACUUUACAGCGUGGGUGGAAGGUGAGCGAUGUAUCUGAGCACUGUAGCCAAAUAUUGGUGUCUCCAGCAAUAAAAACAAACUGCUGGAAACACUCAGCAGGACAGGCUGCCUCUGUGGUUAGGGGAACAGUUAACGUCUCAGGUCCAAGACCCUUCAUUAGAAUUGGGAAAGAGAGAAACAAGUUGGUUCAGGUGGUUGAGAAGGUGGGUGUUGGAGAUGAGUGGAACGAAAGGAGUUUCACUGAUAGGGAGAGACUGGAUGACCUAUGUGACAGUUAAGGGGCAGAUUAAGUCAUCCAAUCUCUCCCCAUCGGGGAAGUUUGUUCCAUCCAUUUCUCCCUGCCGCCACAUUCUUUGCUACUUAGAAUACAUUGUUCCAAGUUCUGGUGAAGGGUCUUGGAUCUGAAACGCUAACUGUUUCUCUCUCCUCAGAUGUUGUCUGACCAGCAUGUUGUCUAUUUAUUUCAGAUUUCCAUUUUUUAAAAUUUUGAUUGGCACCUCCAGUGUGCCUUACCUGGUGCUGUUAGCCCUAAAUAACCAAUAUCUCCAGAUUAAAUAUUACUCUUGGACAGGAGAUCAUGAAUGUAUGGACCAGGUGAGAUUCUAUUUUCACCUGACCAUUCCAAAGGCUUCAAUUUUUAAAUAGAAGUAGAACUCAGUUUUGCAGUUAGAUCAGGAAAAAAUGUCAAGAUGGAAAUAAAUAGAUUUUGUUAAGAAUACUAAGCCAAGGUGGGUAAAUGGAGUUCAGAAUCAGAUUACACAUAAUGUAAAUAAAUGGCAAAACAGGCUUGAGAUGCUGAAUGAAUUACACCUGUUCCUAUAUUCUCAUGCUCUGUCCCAGCCAGUGAUGAUCUAGCUCAUGCUGUUUCAGUAAGUGGGUUAGUGUCAUUUAGCUGAAAUUUAUUUACAUGCUGACCGUGUCAUAGAGAUGAGAUCUGUCAGAAAUUUGCAUGUAUUGAUAUGAAUGUCAGUCUUGCCCUUGCUCCUCCCAACUCAUUCAUACCUAAUUCCCAUUGUCAGUCAAUGGAACUGUGUGAGUGGAUCUGAUAUAAUCCAAGUUUAAUGCUUGCUUUAGAAAAUGAGAAGCCCUUAUAUUGCUUGGAUACCAGUAGUUUGGACUGACCACUAAUCGAACAGAACCUGUUCUUGAUUUGGUACCUGGAUAGAACAUGUUAUUUCAAUGGUUUAGACACCAUUUUGAGGCAUGCAGGCGUCAGUAAAUUUAGACUUAAUUCUCCUAAUUUUGGGAGAAUUGACAAGAAGCUGUGACAAAUAUCAAUAAAGGUUUAUUGCAAAUUCCCA